AUGUCGAAUAUUAUUGACACAAUCAAUUAUUUAAAUCAAGUAACAACUAUACUUGUAGUAACAAUCUGUUUAGCAAGUUUUAUACCAGGUGUUAUUGGUCUUCUAUUAAAUCUCAUUGUUUUUACUCGACCAAGUUUACGUCAUGAACCAUGUGCAUUUUAUUUUUUUUCAUCAACAUGUUUAAAUUUAUUUAUCAUUUUAAUUAUCGUACCUGUACGUAUUCUUUCAAAUGGUUUUAAUACCGAUCUAGCUGAUCGUAAUCUUGGUAUAUCAUGUAUCGACCGAUAUUUACAUAGUUCAUCAAAUGCUCGUAUGUGUCGAUUAAGUUCAUUAAAAAUAGCACGAUUAGCUGUUGGAUCUAUCUGUAUAUUUUCCAUUAUUUCAUAUGUUCAUAUGAUUAUAUAUUAUGAAAUAGGAAAUACAACGAAUCAAUUUGGUGUCAUUAUUCCAAAAUGUAAUGCACGAAAAGGUUUUUAUCGUACUUUCAAUGCAUUAUGGUAA